AGAGGGCUGCGGACUCCCCUCGGACUGGGAGAGGCAUCUGGGGGGACCACGGAAGUGUCCCUUUGGCUGCCACUUCCUCUUCAUUCUGGGAGAAGAUUUUGCAACAUUUCCUCCCUGGGCAGUAUAAAGUGGGCGGUGGAGGAAAGGGGUACUGGGAGGUGGCACGGCAGCAGGUGCAGGUGAGGGAUCCUCCAGCUGGCAAAACCCCUGGGUCUGGUGCUGCCCUGCAUCCCACCAGACUUUGUACUGGAGCCCUUUGGGGGUGACAUCUGGAUUUAAACCCAUACCUGUGUGCUUCCCAGUGAGAAACAACUUGGGAGCAGAAGACUCCACAUUUGAGGGGACGGCGACAGCAGCAAGCAGCAAAAUGGAAUCCUUGUCCUACAGUGGGGAUUUCUCCAACAUUUUCUACCUUUACAACUACACCUAUGACUACAGCACAGCCAUGCCUGACACUGCUAUCCUAUCCUCUCCGUGCCGGCCUGAAAGCUCUGUCCUCAACAAGUACCUGGUGGUGGUGAUCUACUGCCUCGUCUUCAUCCUCAGUGUGGUGGGGAAUGGGCUGGUGGUGCUGGUGGUGACCUCCAUCCACACCAGCCGCUCCGUCACCGACGUUUAUCUACUCAACCUGGCCGUGGCAGACCUGCUCUUCGCUUUGACCCUGCCGCUUUGGGCAGUCUACCGAGCCCAUGAGUGGGUCUUUGGCACUGUGAUGUGCAAAGCCAUCUCCGUGCUGCAGGAAGCCAACUUCUACAGCGGCAUCCUUCUGCUGGCCUGCAUUAGUGUGGACCGCUACCUGGCCAUUGUCUAUGCCACACGGGCUGCCACUGAGAAGAGGCACUGGGUGAAGUUUGUCUGCUUGGGCAUCUGGGUCUUCUCCACGCUGCUCUCUCUGCCCGUGCUGCUCUUCCGUGAGGCUUUCCACUCACCCAACAACGGCACCGUGUGCUAUGAGCGCAUCAGUGGCGAGGACACGGCCAAGUGGCGGGUGGUGCUGCGGAUCCUGCCGCAGACGUUCGGCUUCAUCUUGCCCCUCCUGGUGAUGCUCUUCUGCUAUGGUAUCACCAUCCACACCCUCCUGCAGACCAAGAAUGCUCAGAAGCAGCGGGCCAUGAAGGUCAUCUUCGCUGUGGUGCUGGUCUUCCUCAUCUGCUGGCUGCCCUACAACAUCACACUGGUGAGCGACACCCUCAUGAGGACGCGAGCCAUUGCGGAGACCUGUGAGAGGAGGAACCGCAUCGACACAGCCCUCUCUGUCACGCAGGUCCUGGGCUUUGCCCACAGCUGCAUCAACCCUAUCAUCUACGCCUUCAUCGGUCAAAAGUUUCGCAACAGCUUCCUCAAGAUCCUGGCACAGCGUGGGCUGAUCAGCAAGGAUGCUGUUGCCCGCUACGGCCGUGCCUCCUAUGCCUCCACCUCUGGCAAUACAUCCACCACCCUCUGAGCUCUUCUAGGAUCCAGCCCUUGUGGGUACCAGCAGGUCCCAGCAGCCCACACACCUCAGCAUCCUCAUCCAGCCCCCUGGAAUGUGGGUGGUGAUGCCAUGGGGAUGGGCAGGGCCACCACUGGAUGCUGGACCCCAACUGGAAGGAGGCUUGGGUGGAGAGGUGGUAGGACCCCAUUGCCAGGGGAGUUAUGUCAAGUGUCCACCCUCCCCUCUCUUUGGGACAAAGCCUGUGACCCUGUGGACUCUGUGAGCCUGCUGUGGGGAUGGUGUAUUUACCCAGUGACCAUCCAGGAAUAAAGGAGUUGAUGGGUUUGUCA